AUGCCAUCCAGCGUUAUUAGUCAAGAUGAUUCAUAUCAAACUUCUUCUUAUGCUGAUCCAAUCCCACAGAGUGUUCGCCUAGAUAGUGAGGAGGCAUUCGCCCUGCAAUUGUGGAUUUCACGUAUUCGAUACUCAGAUGAAAGUAAUAACUUGCCGCCUCUUUAUAUUCCUACGGAGUCAUCAUCAUCAUCAUCAUCACUGAAAGAGAAAACAACACAAUUAACAUUAAAAGAGGAAAAAGUAAAAGAAAUCGUACCAUUUGGUCCCGCACUUCCUCCAGGAUGGUAUAUGGAUGUGAAUGAUCCAGUUUUAUUAACAUAUGAUCCAUACUUUGGAACUCACACGGCGGGAACAAAUGUGAUGGCAGCACCAAUCUUCACAGCAAAGGAGGGACGAUAUUACGCCAAUGACGCACUUCCGCUUUGUCGCGUUGGGGCCCAUUCACUUAAAUCACAUCCACCUGAAGGUUUAUUUAUGAAGUCCGCUGAGAGUGGGCCGGUGAAUUGGAUGCAUCCACACUCUUUUGUAGCCCAACGCUCUAUUCAUGCUGGUGAAGUUAUUGCCAUGGAUGUUUCAGAACUUUCUAUUGUGGAGGAUUCACUGGUGUGGCGUUUUUUACCUCCACCAUCAUUUACAUAUAGAAUGCAAAUGAAAAAGUAUGAUAACAAGACAAACAAUACCAAUAAUAAAAACAUUUAUAUUGGUAAAAGUGAGACGCACACAGUAUUAUCUUCUUCUAAACUUGCAAAUAUCGCACGUCAAAUUGUGCUUCGCGCUAAUUCUUUACAAAAUGGAAAAGUAAGACUAAUUGAAACAGGAUAUGCACAGUUUAUCUCUUCAUUUAUAAUAUCUUAUGGAGAUUUGGAACUUCUUCCUGUUAAUUCGGAUAUUAAUGAACAUCUUUUACAUCUAGGAUUGUGUGAUAAGUCUCCUUUUACAGUACGAAGUAAAACAUUACGUCGUUCACAGAUUGCUGAGAAAUUUAUUGAAAAAUGGUGUACAUCAUUAGAAGACAUGAUUUUUUUAAACAAAGAACUACGAGAAACCUCUUUAUUGCUUCUUCAAUGUAUUCCACCAGUACUGUUAGAUUGUAUGCAAAAAGAUGCAACAGCGGUUGGUGGUUGUUUGUUUUUAAAUAACAGAAACGAUACGCUUGUGAUGUUACACUGUGGAUUUUUUCGUAGAAUGGGUUUACAUCAACCUGAUCGUCUGGCACGACUAUUGUGGACUUUUUCACGUUAUGCUAUUCCUAUUCAGGUACCAGAUUUACCAAUGCGAAGUGGAUGUUUUCCAUUCUUGCGACUUAUUCCACAUGAAUGUCGCCCUAAUAGUUUUAUAAUGUUUUUGGAUUCACCAGCAUCCCAUUGCUAUGGAAAAGAGGGAUUUUUUAAUUAUAACACUGUUAGCACCCGAUAUGAUAAUGAUAAUAAUAAUAAUAAUGAAAAUAAUAAUGACAAUAACAACAAUAAGAAGAAGAAAGAACUUUUACCAUGGGGAUCUCCUUGUUCAGAUCGUAUUUUUCUUCCUUCUGUAGCCGUAUUAGUGGCAUGUCGAGAUAUUACUAAAGGAGAGUGUAUUUAUCGAAGUUUCUUUGGAUCAUCCUAUAUGACUCAACCACAACGAUUACAAUUUUUAAAAUAUUUUUUUUGCGGUAUACCAAAUAUUGAUAAACAUAUUCAUACUGGUUGUUCAUGUCGAUGGUGCGUAAAGGAGUUAGAUUACGCUCGUGCCUUUCGUUGUCCCAAAUGUCCUCGUGAUUGUGGUGUUAUUUGCCCUCCUGGUGAUUGUAGUCGAUUGGAUGAGUGGAUCUGUUUACAGUGUGGUUACCAUCCAAAUAUGAAUGAAAUUCAUCUUUGCCUUGAUGAAGAGCAGGAAUUAUCAACUGUUAAAGCGGAUAAAACAAGUGGUUUGGUACGUUUACUUCAAGCAAAUUAUGUUCACUACAGUCAUGCAUUAGUGUUUAGAAAAAUAGAUACAUGGUGUCAAAAAGCAUGGCAAGAACAUGAUGCCUCCAUGUGUCUUGAAUACCUUGAUAUUAUGCAUAAGAGUGUACAUCGUGUAUUGAAUCCAUGUGAUCCUCAAUUAGCACAAGUUCAUGAAUUUACGGCGCAGGUAAAUCAUGCAGUGGGUUCUGCACACACAGCACGAUAUGAGUACUUUUUGGCAUUGCAGAUCAGAUUGCGUGCUGGGAUGCGGUAUGCACACUGGACACGUAAGACGUGGUUUAUGGCAGCAGAGAAGUCUUUGGCGGAGUUUUUGGAUAGUGUCUAG